AUGUCUCCCAUAUCCCCCGGAGUCCCUGGCGGACCGCAUCGCAAGACGAAGAAGCCUGACGCUUCAACCCAUCUACACCGAUACGAGUCCUUCACGAAGCGCAUCUCGAAAUUGAAAAUUGACCCUGUUCAUACGGUGGAAAAGAGGAAGCCUUCAAACAGCGACACCGAUCUGACCCAAAGUUUCUUCCGCACCGCACUGGAUGAAUGGGCGGAAUUGAACUUGUCGCAAACAUUCACGAGUUUCCUCAAUAAGGCAAGCCCUCUGUCAGAGAACUUGCCCCAGCUGCUUCACCAUGCGGAUACAAUCUUCGAUCUGCUUGUACAGCACAUUGAAAAGAGAGAUGCUCUCGCGUUGGAGCCACUCCUCAGCCUCCUUGCACACUUGGCCCACGAUCUCGGUUCGCGGUUCGAACAGUACUUUCCCCGAACGGUGGUACUGGUGGCUCAAGUCGCAGCAUCUCACGACAGCGCCGAGGUCAUUGAGUGGUGCUUUACUUGCCUAGCAUGGAUGUUCAAAUAUCUCUCCAGACUGCUUGUGCAGGAUUUGCGCCCGCUUCUCGACAUCAUGACACCGUACCUAUCGGCGAAAAAAGAUUACAUUGUUCGAUUCAGUGCCGAAUCCCUGGCAUUUCUGUUGAGGAAGACUGCCGUGUUGUAUCAGAAGAAGAAAGCUCCUUUGAAUCUCGCCAUGAAGCAUCUGUUGGCGCGGCUGGUCCAAGAUGAAACGUCGACGCAGCUCAAGGCAUAUCAAUACGGUGUCAUGAGUUUGUGUGUGGAAAGUGCCAGAGGGAUAGACUACCAGUUGCAUUCGAGUGCUGCGUCGUUAUUGCGAGGUCUCUUGGACGCCGCCACACCCUUGACCGGCGAAGAACAAGUGCGGUCAACGGUGGAGGGCGUUUUGAUCGCAUUGAUCCAUCAGACAAAUGGCACGGGAUUCCCACCUGCGUUGGAAGUUGUCCUAGACUAUGUUCGCGAACGAGCCAUGUCCAGUGAUCCAAGCCAGGUCCUUUUCGCGCUCAGACUGAUCACCGUGGUUGUUGGCACAAGAAAAGGGACGAGAAUUACCAAUUGGACGGCGGUGAUACAGGCAUUUAUCAGCCUCACGCAGAGCGCAAGUGGAAGUGCAGAAGGGCAAAGUCAAGCCAAACAAGAUAUGAUUGCCAUUUCUGCAGGGAUCUUUCAGUUUGCGCCAAUGGACCAGUUGCUGCCGUUCUCCCAAAAGUUGUUGGACCUUGCAACGACCCAAUUGUCCGCACGAGAGUUCUUCGCCUUCUGUACAAUCUGCGCCGACUUGGGGCAGGAGAGAUUUACAGACCUGGUGCUGCCACGUCUCCAGCAGUACAUUUUGAAGCAAUGGCGCGGCGAUGAGGUUGGUGUUUACUACUUACUGGAAAGACUACGGCAAGAUGGUAUCACUGCCAACGGAGUUGGGAGCGGAGCCUCUCUGAACUGCCCCGACUUUGAAGCGUCUGUGAUUCGUGAACUCUCUGCAAAUGCAGUCGAGGAGACAGCUUUGCCAGUGGAACAAUUCGCAGGUCGGAUACAUUUGCCGGUCAACCUCCGCCAUUCUUCCGAUCCCAAGGUGGCGGCCGCUCUCCUUGCUGCUUAUCGGCCUUUGAUUGUCAGCGUUCUGAAAGACACCGGCAAUGACUCAGAUCUUCGUCGCCGGGUGCUUCUGGGAUGGGCAUUUGAGACCUAUAUCGACUUUCUGCCUGCUGGUGACACUGGCAUACAGGAGCUCGUUUCCCUGGUGCUCAGUGCGUCUCCUGUCUAUUUUCGCCUUCCGUCUUUCCUUCAUGCUGGUAUCAGUUUGUUGCAGAAGAGUGGUGCCACUGCUGAGGCGCAGGGCAGGAGUCUUGAGAGCGUCCGAUACGUGCUCAUCCAAAACGUGCUCAGCCCUUCUUUAUCAUUAAAAGAAGCUUCCAUGACGAUGCUCACCCUGCUGGCUCCACCGGAGAUCAAGGAAUGGCUUUCUGAGGCGGCCGAUCUGAUGCUCGAGAUCCUCAAAACGCCUUACACGCCAGCGGAAGUUCGGAAAAUCGCUAUGUUUCUCAGACGCCUCCCACAACGCCAAAACAGACUUGAUGCGGAGUCGUCUUAUCAGAAUCUAAUACCCUUUUUCUGUCUCGGCAUGCUCUCCCACUAUCACGAUCAGACAAGAAAGGAAGUGUGCAACGUUCUGGCUCAGAUGGUGGAACCCACGUCAGUCGAAGAAUCGAUUGUCAACGUUGCUAUUCAGUGGCUACAGACGCCUCCUAUUUCGCAGGAUGCGCCUGAGGUCAAGCCUGAUCGGGCAGGACAACGAUCGUCAGCUUUUGAAUGCACAAGUCUGUCACACAUAGACUCCUUGUGUGCCACACUGAUGGAUGAUUUCGUUCGAGCCAACGAGCAACUUCGCAGGUUGGUCGAGCGUGCGCACCAAUUGGAGAACACACGAACUCCAGAAAGCGCACGAACACUAGCUCUACACGUCUUAUCAGCAAUCCCAGCGUCUGCUGAACGCCGCUCCCGUUUGUUGGUGCCGAUAUUUCUCGCCGCACCAAUGAACCGUGGACAGCUACAGAAAAAGCCCAGCUCGGAAUCUUCUACCUCUUCACAUACGCUAAGCCCGGAUGUCGAUGAUCACGAAUGGUCCCUUGCCGACCGAAAGGCGUUCCUGGCACUUUUAGGCAAGUUCGUCAAUCCGCGCGUGCUUUUCAGGUCGACAGAAGUCUACGAGAAGCUUGUGGACCUCCUGAGCAAUGGCAACACCGAGAUCCGAAAACUCGCUCUCCAGGCAGUAUUGACUUGGAAGGAUCCCGCUCUUGUGCCAUACCAGAAUACUCUCGUUGAGAUAGCCGAAGAGAAAACCUCGACCACAGAUCUAGGCGCUUUGCUGAGCGCCGAAGAAGACCAGAGCCCGGUCAAGCCAGAUGACCGCCGUGUGGUUUUCCCUGUCCUGCUAAGGCUGAUCUUUGGUCUCAUCGUUGGUCGCGCAGGCACCCCUGGUUCGCAAGAAGCGAGGAGACGCUCGAUCCUGCGCACGCUAUUCCGCAUGAAUGAAGGCGAAGUGGCCACGUUCCUCGAUAUCGCUCUUGGGAAGUUGAGGGACGUCAAGAUUGCCGACUACAAUCCCGAAUAUGUCGGUACAGACCACGAGAUGAUACCGGAGGAUCAACAGUAUGGGUUUCUGCGGCUGUUAUUGUCGAUGCUAGAGACAUUGCAGAGCCGCUUUGCUCCCUACGGUCCCCAGGUUGUGGAUGCCGUAGUCUUCUGUCUCGUCCGAGCAUCUCGGCAGAGCCAUGCAGUUGCACAACCGUCCGUCUCAUUGUCAAGUCUGGCGCGCAACAUCAGACGAACUGCAUUCCAAUGUCUUGUCUUGCUCUUCGAGCAUUGUGAAGGAAUACAGUGGCCGUCUUACUUGCCCACGGUCUUCGCUAUUGCGAUCAGUCCUAGAAUGGAAGCGUUUGCUUCAGAGGCAAAUCAGGGAAUAUCGGGUCUGCUACGACUUUUUGCCUCUUGGGUGCAUUCCAAUGACCUGAUCGGCUACCUGAAAGAGUACGAUAGCCGAAUACCGAAUGUCCUGUGGCAAUGUCUGACUACACCCUCGACACAAACGGAAGCAAAGGCCUUCAUAUUGCAAGAUAUCGUCAUCCCUUGGGUGACCAUGGCCGACGAUAAAUCGAUUGUGCCAAACAAGGCGGCAGAGCUUUUGAGCACAGAGGCGGAUGGCUUAUUGAAGGCCCUCAUGGUUCUUCUCGAACGCACACCACCCAGAGAAAUCCUCACCGCCAUCACGACCGUUCUGCCCAAACUGGCACCUUUUGCCACUUCCCCGGAAUCCCGGCGUUCUGCAGUCGCUCUUCUGAUCAAUUUGCUGCGUGAUGCCAGUAACAAGGUGCCUCCGAAUGUCAAAGGUCAGCUUCUGGCCUCGAUCCACAGCUUCGUCGAUGCUAGCGUCGAUGUUCUGGACGAGAACUCGCGCAAAGAGUUGUACGAAUUGACGUCGUCGUUGUUCAACUACUUCAAGGAUUCCACUAAUCGUGAUGUACUUUGUGAGAUCCUCGACAUCUUGUCCCGGUCAGAUGCUUCAUUGCAGCAAGCUGCUCAAAUCUGCCACGAUUUAAACUCCAGCUCGACUCAACGACUCGAAGAAUUCGACUAUGAGAGGCGACUACAAGCCUUCCAUACCAUCAAUUCUCUUGAAGUCAGCGAGCAGAACAAGGUCAUCUGGCGUCCAAUUGUCUUCAACCUGCUGUUUUUUGUAAGGACAAUGGAGGAUUUCUCUAUACGGUCGAAUGCUCUCAGUUGCCUCAAGCAGUUUAUCGUCAAAGCAUCCGAAGCCGAGAACUCUGAGCUACAUGAUCUGAUUAGGACAGUGGUUCUUCCAGCCGCUAGGAAAGGCAUUAGACAUGAAUCGGAAUUGAUACGAGCCGACUUUGUCUCUCUUUAUGGUCUUCUCGUACAAUACGCUCGCGGAGAACCGGAUCUCGAAAACAUGAAAGUGCUGCUUGUCGGCAACGACGAGGAAGCGUCCUUCUUCUCCAAUGUGCUCCACAUCCAACAACAUCGGCGUGUCCGAGCGAUCCGACGUCUUGUUUCCGAGGUUGAAAAGGGAGCCAUCAACGCGCAAAACAAUGCGGAGGUAUUUAUUCCUUUGCUGGAGAUGUUUGUCUACGAUCCCAGUUCGGAUGAGUCAGCGCAGACCACGAAGGGUCAAAGCAUAGCGGCGAUGGGGACAAUGCUGCAGUGGAUCAACUGGAAACACUUCAAGACAUUGUUCCGCCGCUACAGAAACGACAUCAACUCGACGGAGAGCACGCAGAAAUCUGCCAGUCGUCUUUUGGCGCACGCAGCUGAUGCUCUAUUAGCUGCAAGAGUCCAAGAGUCCAAUAUAUCCGAGACAGAUUGCGAGAAGUUCAUUCCCUAUCUGGCCAAGUCCAUCCGAGAUAAAGAGGUUGUGCAGAACGAGCUGAGGACGCAGUUCAUACCGAAACUUGCAGAGAUGGUUCAUUACAAGGACGAGACGGAGGUCAGCUUCCGGAUUCCUGUGGCCGUGACAACGAUCAAGCUGAUCAAGAUGCUGCCGGAGGAGGAAAUCCAGCUUCUAGCAGCCCCUAUCCUCCUCGACAUUUCGCAUAUCCUGAAGAGUCGUACUCAAGAGACCCGCGAUGUUGCACGCAACGCUCUUUGCCAGAUUGUCAACCUUCUCGGAGCAUCGAGUUUGCAGUUCGUGCUCAAAGAGAUGCGUUCUGCGCUCACCAGGGGCUAUCAGCUGCACGUGGUGUCAUACACCCUUCACUCAAUUCUGGUCGCCAUCACUCCUCAUAUUGAGCUUGGAGAUCUGGAUUACUGCCUGGAUGAUCUGGUGCUGGUCGUAAUGGACGACAUCUUCGGCGCCGUGGGCCAAGAAAAGGAAAACCAAGACUAUAUCAGCAGUAUGAAGGAGGUCAAAAGCAGCAAGAGCUAUGACUCGAUGGAACUACUCGCUCGCUCCACGAGUGUUGGGGCGCUUUCGAAGCUCGUUGCCCCAAUCCAGACCAUUCUUUCCGGCACCCUCAAUUCCAAGCAAGUCAGACAGGUAGAUGAGCUCUUACGGCGAAUCGGUUUGGGCGUGUCGCAAAACCCAUCAGCGAGCAAGCGGGAUCUGUUGGUAUUCGCCUAUCAAUUGAUUCAGUCAUUGUACAAGGAAAAGGAAAGCAACUCCACUACGGUCAAGUCGCUUACGCUUGAGGAAAAGAGUCGGCAGAGGUAUCUAAUCCAACUGACCUCGAAGAACAAGUCGACCAGCGGACAGACAUCGCCAUUGUUGUACAAGCUGGCGCGUUUCGCUCUGGAUCUGGUGAGGUCUACUCUUCACAAGCACGACGACGUUCUCACGCCUGAGAAUGUCCACGGUUUCCUUCCUGUCAUUGGUGACGCCAUGGUUGAAGGGCAAGAAGACGUCAAGAUAUCUGCCAUGCGGUUGUUGUCCGCGAUCAUCAAACUGCCCAUGGAUGAGCUCGACCAGAAUGCACCUCUAUACGUGCGGGAAGCUGUCAAGAUGGUGAAGAAUUCGACCGACACGAACGAAGAGGCUGCUCAGGCUGCACUGAAGCUUGUAGCUGCAGUACUUCGCGAACGCAAAAGCGUCAAGGUCAGGGAUUCGGACAUUGCAGACUUGUUGCAUCGCAUUACCCCAGAUAUUGAAGAGCCCGACAGACAAGGUGUCAGCUUCAACUUCAUCCGGGCGGUCAUGGCUCGAAAGGUUCAGUUGCCAGAGAUUUACGAGUUGGUGGACAAGAUCGGCAUCAUGAUGGUCACGAACCAAACCAAGAGUGCCCGUGAUGUGGCUCGAGGCGUGUAUGUCCACUUCUUGCUGGAAUAUCCCCAGAGUUCGACCAGAUGGUCCAAACAGCAGAAAUUCCUGAUGAAGAACCUCGAGUAUGAGUAUCCUGAAGGUCGACAGUCUGUCAUGGAAGCCAUCAACACGCUGGUCGCGAAGGUCAAGGGAGAUCCGGCACAGGAAUUGAUUUCAACCUUCUUUAUUCCCAUCCUGCUGCGAAUGGCGAACGACGAGAACAAAGGCUGUCGAGAACUUGCUGGGGUAUUACUAGGACAACUGUUCCGUCUCGCGGACCGAAGCCAUCUUCGAGACCUUCUGGAACCUUUGAAGGCGUGGUCUGAACAGGAAGACAACCAGGCAUUGCAGAAGAUAAGCCUGCAGGCGUACAGCAUCCUCUUGGGCACGGGAGCAGCACUAGAGCGUGAAGAGGUCGUACAGAUCCGCGAUCAUCUGGCCAAGAUCCUCCAGACGCCGGUCACCGAGGAGGGAGAUGAAUGGGAACUUCUUUUCCAGGGCUUGCUGCUCUUGUCGCGACUGGUUGAGACUCAUCCCGACGUGGUCUUGACUCAGAAACAAGCUCGGCUGUGGCUGUCCGUGUGGAAGUUGUUGAGCCAUCCCAAUGUCUGGAUCCAAAGCACCUGUGCAAGCCUCACCCAGGAAUUCUUCCAGCACUGUACCUCUUCCUCAGACCUCGCCAAGCUGCCGUUGGUCUGCGAUCAUGGUCUUCGCCUAGGCAAAGAAGAGUUCCUCGAGAUCUUGAAGGCCAACGUGCGGAUCAUCAAACGGACCCAAGGCAACGAGGAUCUCAGUGGUCUGGCAGUACAAAACCUAGUCUUCAUGUGUCAAUGCAUGGAUGUCAACGGGCUGACCAUGGAAGUGGCCGACAAAGGCGACACCAACAACGAAGGCGCUUUCGCAGAAGACCCAGAUUCCGACGACGAAGCUACAGCCAAAAAGACCAAACAAAUCCCCGCCAUCCAUUAUCUUCUGGACCAGAUAUCGCGCAUCUUACGUCUCGAAACCAACCGUCUGACGUCUGCGGCAUUGGGUCCGAAGCUCUCCGCGCUGACCUUCCUCUCGACCGUGCUUCCAGUCUUGUCGGACACCAGUCUGGCCGGACACAAGGUACACGACAUUCUCCUCCCUCUGCAGCAUUUGACGGAUCCCAACACGAUCCAGCCGCGCUCGGCAGACCCGUCGUUCGCAGCGACUUACCAGACUCUGAUCGAGCUCGCUCACGAGGUCAUUGAGAAACUGCAGACCAAACUCGGCGACACUGCCUACGUUAGAGUCUUGACGGAAGUGAGUAAGAUGAUGCGCGAGAGGAGAGAGGCGCGGCGGAGUAAGCGGAGAAUCGAGCGCGUGGCGGAGCCGGAGAGGGCGGCGAGAGAGAAGCGUAAGAAAGGUGAUAGGAAGAAGGAGCGCAAGAAGGAGAUUGGCAGGACAUAUCAGAAACGAAGGCAGGAGAUGGGCAUGUAA